AUGGCUCGCCUGCGCAACGCGCCGGCCUCGGAGGCGACUGCAGCGGUACCUGCGACACGGACGACGAGAGGCCGUCCCGCAUUGAAGGAGAAGACCAACACGACGCGACCGUCGACUGCGCCGGUAUACGAGGACGAUGGCAACAUGGACGACUUGAUCAAGGACGCGAAGCCGAAGAGAGGACGUCCGAAGAAGGCACCGCAGCUGUCCGAUGAGUUACUCAUGACUAGUGGCUUGGGGCUCCAGGAUGGCGCCGGCGCGAAUCAGGACAGCGAGGCGCCGAUGACUACGGAUGAACUGGCGAAGAGUGAUGAUGUGCCCGUCAGAGUCGCAAUUGCGAAACCAAACCGACGGCCUGCGCGUCCUGGUAGGAAGGUGUUGCACAACGAGCAGCAAAACAAAGUCCUGGAAGGAUUGAAACAGCGAAUGGAAGCGACAGCCAAGGAUCAGCGCGCAAAGCCAGCACCAAAAGCGCCAUUGGAGACUGCGGAGGUAGACUCAGAUACCAUUGUGGUCGCGCAAAGGUCGUCAGUCAAGGCCACUGAGCCUCCUGUCGAGAGGUCCGACUUCUCACUGUCGCCUUCCCCACCUCCACCCGGCAAGCUCAGCACAGCCAGACGCCCUUCUGUCGUACAGCCCGGAUCCGCACUGAGGUUGCAGAACACACCAGCUGUCGAAGCGAGCAUGUUGGCCUUGAAGAACUUCAAGCGAAGGCCGAGGCAGCUGAGUAUGCUGCAGAUGGUCCAGCAACGGACGGCCAGCGCACGUCCAUCGCUCGCGAACACUGCUGCCGCCGACCCUGCUGUGCAAGACACGAGUGUGUUUGACCUUGAUGUCAGUGACGAGGAGGACGACUUUGCGCCUGAAGCCGAAGGCACGCCACUGAAGGUUACAAAAGCGCAGCGAAAAUCAUCUGCGAAGAAGACUGCCGCUGUUGACGAUGAGUUCAAGUCAAAAUCCAGCACCAAGAAGCGGAAGUCUACUGAUGUUGAUUCUUCCAUGGUCUCUUUGAGCUCCUCGCGAUCAAAACGACGCAAGUCGACUCGCGAUGAGGAUGAGGUCGAAGAAUCUCUGCCAGCCGCGCAUGAGUUUGCCGCGUUGCCAACAUCUUCGGCACGAGCUGCGACUCCACUCCCAGCAGAGACAUCUGACAUCCAGGUCGUCAACUCACCAUCGACCUCCACCCCACCAACGGAGCCUUCAUCGACCCGCCAUCACAGUCCAGACAAAGAGGACGACUUCGCCGUUCCUUCGACAGAACUACAAGAGCCCUUGGUGCGGUCAUCUCCAACACCAGAACUGGAAGAUGAAGCGGAUGGUGCUAUACCCAAUGGAACGAUGGCCGAACCUCUCAGCAGUAGUCCAGUACAUCGAGCUUCCAAGAUCAUGGAUAGCUUUGACGCGCCACCAAUGACACAGAUAUCGCCGCCCGCUAAACCUCAACGCAAGAAGAAAGUCAAGCCUCUAACGACAUCUGCCUUGCAGUCAUUGUUGCCAAAGAAGCGAGCUCCAAUGAGAGCUCAUCGCAAGAAGACAGAGUAUGACCUCGAGUCCGACUCUGACGAGGAAGGCAGUCAACUUGAUGCGAGCCACCUGGAAGACGAUGAAGACGAGCUUGGAGGCGCUCUGAGGCGGAAGAAAGCCACACCGCUCAAAAAUGCGAAGAGAGGACGGCAAGGCAAAGGCACCACGGCACGAGCAUCUUCCAAGGCUCCGGCGCGAAAAGCUCCUGCCGCAUCAAAGUCGAAGAAAGCAUCCAGGACUUAUGGUAGAGCAGCGACCUCAGAUAAGGAGAACGACGGAUACGACUCGGCCGAAGAGGAAGAGGAAGAGUCGACUUUGCCCGAAGUCUCAAUUUCGAUGGAAGAUGCUUCGCUCAGUAAAGAGCUCGAAGAUGCCAAGAAGAAGUUCGCAGAGGUCGAUGAUUUCGACAUGGAAUUUGAGAGCAUGAGCCAUGAAGAUCAUCGCAGCUCCAGUCAAGGAUGGAGAUGA